CUCCCUGGCCCUAGCCCCCCUCCCUCCCUUUUCUAUUCCUCGCAGUGUCUGCGCAUGACCCCUCCCUGAGAAGGUGAGGCGGAGAGAGAGAGAGUGCCGCGAGAGAGAGGGAGAGGGAGUGCGCGCGCGAGAGAGAGGAUUCCCUCUGUCUCGCGGCGCAGGCGACGCAGUGCAGAGGCGCGCGCGCGGGUUGCUUUGGGCUUAGGAGGAGGAGGAGGAAGAAGAGGACCUUUCCCCCCUCUUCCGCGCCUCCUUCCCUCCUUCCCCCCAUAACCGCCGCCUCACCCCGGCCAUGACCGCGGGGGCGGCGGCGGCGGGGCGGCCACACGGAGCGAGCACCCGCUUCUUCCCCGUCUUCGCGGAGGGUUGCCCCCAGCCGCCCCGUCCGCCGCCUCGGCCUCAUUCUCUCCCUUCAGCAGCGGCACCAAGAGCAGCGCCGCCGGGCUCCCGGAAAGUAGCUUGAUGAGUGUCCAAAGUCGCGGUGGAAGUUUGGCGGGGCCGCCAUCUUGGUCCCGGCUCUCCACGUCGUCGUCGCCACCGCCGACACCACCACCACCACCAUUGAGCCUCCAGGGCUGCUGCUCGGAGGCGGAGGCCUCAGCGGUGGCGGCAGCAGUCGUGACAGUAGCGGCGGCGGCGGCCGUGGAGGCCUCCUCGCUGGCCCAUAACCCUCCGCCGCUGAAGGAAGGUGCAAUGGAUGAGCUUCAUAGCCUGGAUCCAAGAAGGCAGGAAUUGUUAGAAGCUAGAUUCACAGGAGUAGUGAGUGGUAGCACUGGGAGUACAGGAAGCUGUAGUGUCGGAGCAAAGGCCUCCACAAAUAAUGAGAGUUCCAAUCAUAGUUUUGGAAGCUUGGGAUCUCUAAGUGACAAAGAAUCAGAGACUCCUGAGAAAAAACAACUGGAGUCUUCCAGAGGUAGAAAAAGAAAAGCAGAAAGUCAGAGUGAAAGCAGUCAAGGAAAAAACAUUGGGGCACGUGGUCAUAAAAUUAGUGACUAUUUUGAAUACCAAGGUGGAAAUGGGUCUAGCCCUGUAAGAGGAAUGCCUCCUGCAAUCCGUUCUCCUCAAAACUCACAUUCCGCUCCUUCUUCUGUUCGGCAGAAUAGUCCUUCUCCUACUGCAUUGUCUUUUGGGGACCACCCUGUUACACAACCAAAGCAGUUGUCAUUUAAAGUUACACAGACUGAUCUGACAAUGUUGAAAUUAACAGCACUUGAAAGUAAUAAAAAUCAAGACCUGGAAAAGAAAGAAGGUCGUAUAGAUGAUUUGCUCAGGGCUAAUUGCGAUCUACGACGGCAAAUAGAUGAACAACAAAAAUUACUUGAAAAAUACAAAGAAAGAUUAAACAAAUGCAUUUCAAUGAGCAAGAAGCUUUUAAUUGAAAAAAGCACGCAAGAGAAGCUGGCAAGCAGAGAGAAGAGUAUGCAAGACAGAUUACGCCUUGGGCAUUUUACAACUGUUCGACAUGGUGCUUCAUUUACUGAACAGUGGACAGAUGGUUUUGCAUUUCAAAAUCUUGUGAAGCAACAAGAGUGGGUGAAUCAACAAAGAGAAGAUAUUGAGAGGCAAAGGAAACUUCUUGCGAAGCGAAAACCUCCAUCUACAAAUAAUUCUCAGGCACCCUCUGCCAAUUCAGAACCUAAACAGAGGAAAAACAAAGCUGUCAACGGAGCAGAAAAUGACCCAUUUGUUAGACCCAAUUUACCACAGUUGCUAACACUGGCAGAAUACCAUGAACAAGAAGAAAUUUUCAAGCUAAGAUUAGGACAUCUCAAAAAGGAAGAAGCUGAAAUACAAGCUGAACUUGAACGUCUGGAAAGAGUUAGAAAUCUCCACAUACGAGAGCUAAAAAGAAUAAACAAUGAAGAUAAUUCACAGUUCAAAGAUCACCCUACGUUAAAUGAACGGUACUUGUUGCUUCAUUUACUUGGUCGAGGUGGCUUUAGUGAAGUAUAUAAGGCUUUUGAUCUCUAUGAACAAAGAUAUGCUGCUGUCAAGAUACAUCAGCUUAACAAAAGCUGGCGAGAUGAGAAAAAAGAAAACUAUCACAAGCAUGCCUGCAGAGAGUAUAGAAUACACAAAGAACUGGAUCAUCCAAGGAUAGUAAAGCUAUAUGACUACUUUUCACUAGAUACAGAUACGUUUUGUACAGUAUUAGAAUAUUGUGAAGGCAAUGACUUGGAUUUCUAUCUUAAGCAACAUAAACUAAUGACUGAGAAAGAAGCCAGGUCCAUUGUAAUGCAAAUAGUAAAUGCACUGCGAUAUCUCAAUGAGAUUAAGCCACCUAUAAUCCAUUAUGAUCUUAAACCAGGAAACAUCCUUUUGGUAGAUGGAACAGCAUGCGGAGAGAUAAAAAUAACAGACUUUGGCUUGUCCAAAAUAAUGGAUGAUGAUAGUUACGGUGUAGAUGGGAUGGACCUAACUUCACAAGGAGCUGGAACAUACUGGUAUUUGCCACCAGAGUGCUUUGUUGUGGGGAAAGAGCCCCCAAAGAUAUCGAACAAGGUGGAUGUGUGGUCUGUUGGAGUAAUAUUUUUUCAGUGUCUGUAUGGUCGAAAGCCAUUUGGUCAUAACCAGUCCCAACAAGAUAUACUCCAAGAAAAUACAAUAUUGAAAGCUACUGAAGUGCAGUUCCCAGUGAAGCCUGUUGUGAGCAAUGAAGCAAAGGCCUUUAUCAGACGUUGCUUAGCAUACCGCAAGGAGGACCGGUUUGAUGUCCACCAGUUGGCGAAUGAUGCUUACCUCCUUCCCCACAUGAGGAGAUCAAAUUCUUCAGGAAACUUGCAUAUGACUGGACUAGCAGCAUCUCCAACAGCACCGAUAUCCAGCAUUAUUCCCUACUGAAAUGCCUCCGCACGGAACAGGCGUGCAUGAUGCCUUCUUGUAGUUUUGCUGCCGUGGACUUUCAUUUGAAAGCCUUCAGUUAGUGUUUUUACACAGCGGGACAUGUUGAACAAUUGUGUUUUCGUACUGUGGCCCUUCUGCAGCUAUCAUUUUCUAUGAUGGAACGGGAUCAUGGUCUGAGAAGGGCACAUUUAUUUCAGACUUUUCACAUUGGAGAUGCUGAAGGACAGUCUUACCGGUUGUCUCCAUGCAGAUAUGCUGUGUUUUUAAGACUGAAGAAAAUGUGUGUUUUGGGCUCAUAGGGAGGGGGACAUUGUAAAUAAUCUUUUUAAUACCUAAAACAUUUUUGGUUGAUACUGGAGAGUUCUAAUAAGGAGGGUAGUUUUUCAUUAUUCCACUGAAGAAGAAAAGAAAUGGAGCACGGAAGAAGAACUUCGUGGCUCGACAAGAAACAAGUGAAAUAAAAGAAUCUUCCCAAGGAGCUGAUAUUACAAUAACCAAAGUCAAGUUGAGUGACACAGCUGUGUAUGUUACUUUCUUUGGAUAGAUGUGAUUUAGUAUUUUGGGGGCUGGGGAGAAAUCUUUUAAACUGUUUGUUGGUUUAAUGACUGUAUUUCCAAAGGGAUAAAGAUAGCAGUUUCAGUGAGGUAGCAGAAGCUAGUUCGAAAACUAGUUCAAUUAUUUAGAUGGCAUUUUGAUACUUAGCAGUGUUGCCAACCGAUAUCUGCUACCCAGACUUUCACGGAGGGAUAUGCAAAGGCCAUGUAUGUAACCAAAAGCAAAGCGGUCAUGUUCAAAGUUUCUAUGCAGGUUAAUGACAAAUUCCCUUCUAACUCGAUUGUAAAUUUAUUGUACAGAUGUCAUAUUUUCUGUUUUAAAAUUUUCAGCAACUUAUUCCUGUACAAAUGUUUAAAGUAUGGCUUUUUCUAAUUGGAUAUUGUAUUUUUUUUAAGUCUCAUUGAAGGCGCUUUUAAUUGCUGCUAAAUGAUGUUGCUUUUGCUUUUGCAAAAAAAAAAAAAGAAGAAAUCAAAUGACCUCCUUAAGGUGCAAGUCAACUGUACGUCUUAGAGAGACUGAAAGUAGAUAAUUCAUUAACCAUCAAGGCAUGUAAAACCGAUCUGUGUUGGAACUAUACAGUACAGUUCAAGUCAGUUUCCUGAGCUGGAGCACGUUGAUACUAGAUGUAGAAGUUGUUUAUGGUUAUUCUCGGUUUCUGCAAGUUCUGUCUACAAGGUAGGAAGAUGUUCUUCUCAAGAGAUGUUUCUUGUGGCUUGUAUAGAUUAUUUUCAAAUGUGAAACAUUUUCGAACUGCCUUGUAUGGUAGAAUCCUAUUUUUCCAGAAUGCAGUAUCUCUCUCCCAUACAAGAUUUCCUUUUACUGUCACAUUCACAAUGCUGAAUACCUGUAUGUAACUUUGUCCAUGUUGCAGAAAAGGGAGGCUGUAUUACCAUCCGUUUUUGUUGGUUAUUAUUUUUAUUUUAUUUUUUGUUUAAUAUUGUACAGUUUAAACUGUGGCUCUUGUUUCCAAUGUUGCAAGCCAUUUUGUUUUCAUUGUAUAUAUAAGGAUACAUUAACUGUCUCUUCAAGAUGCUGCUGAAAUUGUAGAGAAUGUAGCCAAAACAGUAAUAAAAUAAUGACAGUUGGAAUUUCAA